AUGGCAGCCAACCCCCAAUUCCUCAAGUACGUAGAUGAUCACCAAGAAGAUUACAUCAAGCGAUUAGCAAAGGCAGUAUCUAUCGCUUCUGUGUCUGGAAACUUGGCAUACGUCAAAGAUGUCGAAGAGAUGGGAACUUACCUCGUAGAACAACUUACUGCCCUUGGCGCCACAGUUGAGAAGAGAGCCAUCGGUACCCACAAGCUUGAAGGUAAAGAAGUCGACCUUCCUCCUGUCGUUAUCGGUCAGGUGGGCAAUGACCCCAAGAAAAAAACUCUGCUGGUGUACGGUCAUUACGAUGUCCAACCUGCUUUGAAGGAAGAUGGAUGGCUUUACCCACCUUUCGAACUUACCCCUGAUCCCAAAGGUUCAGGCAAGCUCUAUGGUAGAGGAUCAACAGAUGACAAGGGUCCCGUACUUGGAUGGUUGAAUGUCCUUGAAGCUCACAAAAACCUCGGUAUUGAACUUCCAGUCAAUCUGAAAAUGUGUUUCGAAGGUAUGGAGGAGAAUGGAUCAGUGAACCUUGAUAAAUUCAUCGAAAGUGAAAAAGAUAAAUUCUUUUCUGGAGUGGAUUGCAUGUGUAUCUCAGACAAUUACUGGCUUGACACUAAAACUCCUUGUCUUACUUACGGAUUGAGAGGUAUCAACUAUUACGAAAUCAAGAUUAAUGGUCCUGAUAGAGAUCUGCACUCUGGUGUAUUCGGUGGUACCGUUCAUGAACCUAUGACCGAUCUUAUCUCGUUGAUGUCCAAACUCGUCACUCCUGCUGGAGAAAUCCUCAUUCCCGGUAUCAAGGAGAUGAUCGCUCCUUUAACUGAUGAUGAAAAGGCCAAAUUCGAGGCUAUUCACUUCCAGAUGGAGGAUAUACACAAUGCCGUUGGUGGAGAUGUCACUCUGUCAAAUGAUACUGUAAAGACUCUUAUGGGACGAAUGCGAAACCCAAGUUUGUCCUUACACGGUAUCGAGGGUGCUUUCUCCGCUCCUGGUUCAAAAACCGUCAUCCCUUGCGGUGUGAAGGGUAAAUUCUCAAUCCGUCUUGUACCUAACCUCACUGUUGCCGGUGUCACCGAGCAUGUUGUCAAGUUUAUCAAGGAAGAAUUCGCCAAACUUGGUUCAAAGAAUACCUUAGAUGUCUAUUUAACUCAUGGUGGUGAACCUUGGCUCGCUGACCCCAACCACUAUUCCUACCGAGCUGCUCACAAAGCUACCGAAGCUGUUUACGGUCAAACACCUGACUACACUCGAGAAGGAGGAUCCAUUCCCGUCACUCUUGACUUUGCCGAUAUUCUCGGUCUGAAUGUGCUUCUUCUCCCUGUAGGAAGAGGUGAUGAUGGUGCACACUCAACCAACGAGAAAAUUGAUACUAGCAACUACAUUAACGGUACCAAAUUGCUCGGAUCCUACAUGUACGAGCUCGCGGCUAUCUCAAAAGAUUAG